AUGCCGGCGAUCGUCGCAAGUUGGCAAACAAUUCCACGGGCUUCGAGAGCUUCGGCAAAGAUAGAAGUGGGUCAUCAUAACCCCUGCCUUCAAGCUACUUCUUGCCCUUGUCUGUCUCUCCUGAAAGAAGCUGUUGGGGUCAUGGGGAGAAAAGGCCUGCGUGAUUCUGCUUCUUGUUUUACUUGGUGGAUUGUCUGCAUUUUUUUAGCAUGGAUUGGGGAGAAAAGGGACGGCAACAUUGAAGAUCCUAUUGAACGCCAGGGGCUGUCCAUACAAAGUGACGACGAUAUCUAUCAGCAGGCGGUAGACACCAUCCCAGGAAUCGGCUUCCUUGGCUCCGGCUACGAUAUGGUGAUGGGAAAUCCACUGGGGGAUGAGCACUCACCCGGUGACCCAGGAUUCAGAGCACCCGUUAUUGCAUUUGACUGGGGUCAUGACAGGGAAGGAGUUUCUUCGGAUCUAACAACACUGCAGCCCAAAGGUGCAUUUAUCAGGCCAUAUGUCUCCUGUCAAAAAGCCGAAAAUGUGGAAGAGAUAGAAAGCCUCAAGGACUACGUGACAGAUUUGGCUGCCGACGCUUCAACAGACGUGUCCGUCCCAUUUUUGCCUUUUAGCGGCAGUUUCAACUUCCGCCUGCUGGCAGACGAGUCGCAGCGCAAGCAAACAAAAACCUUUAUGAUGAGGGCGUAUUGUUUUAGAUACGAAGCUGGACUUGCUCUCGUCAGCGAUUCCAGCAGCACGCUAACUGACCCGUUCCGAAAGGCAAUCGAAAACCUGCCAUCCGCUUUCCCCAGCACUGCGGAGGGCAGCAACUGCACUCCAGAUGUAUUUAAGAAGAACCGCCAGUCUCCAGCGUGUGCGGACCAUUCUAUCAUGCGAUGGAUGGAGUUCUUUAAUGACUUUGGCACGCAUGUUACCACAAAUAUAAAACUUGGGGGAAAGGUCACCAAGCAGCUGCGCGUUUCAAAGGAGCAAGCUGAAGCUCUUAACAAUCGGGCCCUGAAGGGUAGCGGAUCGGCUGAAACGGCUCUUAAAACCAUUCUUACGGCAGACGCUUCCGCGUACCGAGAUUCUUCGAAUAAGGAUACCAAUACAUCACUUGUCACCUCUUCUAUGACACACGCUGUUGGUGGGCGCCCACCUAAAGAUCCAACAAACCCUCAGGAACUUUCGGACUGGGCGAAGUCUGUGGCUGUCUUGCCCAUGCCAGUACAAUACCAAUUGCAGCCGCUGACACGUGUUCUGCCGGAGCACCUCCAUCCUGCCUAUUCUAACGCUGUCUUCUUUUACUCAAGAGUGUUUGGGAUCAGCAAGGAAGAGCUUCAAGUGUUGGCAGGUUCACAACGUUCUAUAAAAGAAACACUGCGUGAAAGUACAACAGUAACUUGGGCGGGUCCAGCACCAGGUUUUGUAGAUUGCCCACGGGGGAAGCAAAUUCUAUUCGGCUUUGCAGCACUUUUGAACAUGGACAACGCUGGUGCUGCCUUUGAUAUAAAGGCUUGUCAGAUCGGCAAUCACCGCUGCGAGGGACCUAAUGCGAAGCACACAGCCCAGAGUGACAUGCGGAUCUGGGCUGUUUGCGGGGAGAAAGCAAUCGAUUCCUUGGAGACUUUCAGCUCAGUGGACCCUAAGCCAGAUACAACGGUUGGGUGCAGUCAGGGUAAGGAGAUUCUGUUCGGAAUGCAAAUGAGCUUCUUGUACAACAGAAACGGCUUGUCAACCAUUUUUGUCUCUCACUGCUCCUCAGGAGCUAAGGAGUGUCGCUUCGAGGACACCGCCACUGCAGACCAAAUAAGAGCUCAUCAUCUUUUUUUUGCAGCCUGCGCGAAUGGCGAUCUGCCAGAUCUACACAAUUUGUUCACGGCUUCAAGCGUCGGUCGUGUGGGUACUUCGCAAUCUGUCAACACGGCGACAACUGCCGCCACAGACUGUGGAGCAAACGCAUCUCACGUUACAGGUUUCGCGAUGGAGUUGCAUACAUUUAUGCCCUUGGUACGCGACGCCUUCAACAGCUGUAAAGUUGGAUCCCGUUACUGCGCUCUUAAGAAGUUCGUCGUUCCACCGCCAGUCGCGAUUGAGAACCUCUGGGGUAAAACUGCAAAAGUCCUUAGACACAGCACGGUUGCAUUUGCAAUCUGCGCCCUCAAAGAUGCAACCAGCGCAAGUGGAGAAUGA